AUGGAGAUCCCAUCCUCCUUCAAGUGCAAGCUUAGCUCGGAGCUCAUGAAGGAUCCGGUCAUGGUCGAUGCGGAGGAGCCCGAAGGUUGCAACACCUACGAGCGUGUGGAGAUCGAGAGGUGGCUCGAGAUGAACGCGGAUUGGAGGGAUCCCUACACCAACAUCCGCCUCCGGAGCAAAGACCUCCGAGAGAACGCGGACCUUCGCAAAGACAUCCGCGACUGGAGUGCGCAGAACGCGGAGUACGUGAAGCGGAUGGCGGAGCUCGAGAGGCAGGUUCGCGACGCGCAGCUCGCGCUGGAGACCCGAAACUACGUCCCGAAAAGGUUCGUGUGUGGCCUCUCCAAGCAGGUGAUGAGGCGCCCUGUCCGCGCAAGAGAUGGGAACGUCUACGACAAGAAAGCUCUGGAAGAGUACGUCCGACUCAGCGAGACUUCCGGCGAAUUGCUGUCCCCGGUGACGCAGAAGCCCAUGGACCAAGGCUAUCAUCUCGAAGCCGAGCUGGAAGAGGAGAUCAGGCAGUUCCUAGAGGAGAACUUUCCGGCGAAGGAGUCGGCUUGGAAGCACAUGAGGACCCCGCGAGAAGCUCCGGCGCAGUGGCCGGCCUUGAUGAGCGCCACAAAUAUUACGCCAAGGACUUUUUCCAAGCAGGCAGCUAUGACGGAGGCCGCGUUUCACGGCUCGGUCUCGUCCAGGGAGGGCCCGGAGAUCAAAACAGUCGUCAGCUUUCCAGGACAAUAUCAGGAAGACUGGUAUUGCCUGGUGCGCAGAUCGGUGAAGCGCAUCGCCUUCGAGGCAGAGGAUCCAGACCGGCCCUGUGCGCACUACCUCUCAGGCAGCACCGCCUGCGUUUUUCUGCCACAGGGGAGCAAGCUCUACGGGGGCCACAUGCCAAACGAGGAUGGUACUCCCAGCAGCUGCUGGUGCCAGGAUCUCUAUGACAAAAAGCAGUCCUUCGGCUGUCGCUGGUUUGAGGAGUGGCGUCUCCGGGUGCAGCUUGCCGUGGAGCGAAAGCACACCUUGAUGGUGGUCUACAAAGCAGGUCAGAAAGGCGUCGGAAGAGAGGGCCUCACGUGGCCUCCGCGGAUCGAAUGUAGCGCGGCAAGGCGCGGGGAUGCUGGGCUGGGCGUCUCCCAGCGCGGGGAGGUGGCCUGGCUUCUCCGGCACGGCAUUUCCUUUGAGGAGGAGGACAUCCACGAAUACAGGCGAAGGCUUGCUGCAGACAUCAAGCUCGAGCUCAAGGAGUUGCACAGUCGGAGUCCUCUGCCCUCUUUGCGCGACAUGCAGUCCCAGUUCGAGGCCCACCUGGAAACGGAACUGGACGGCCUCAGAGAUCGGCUGGGGGAGUCCGAUUUGGACGACCAAGGCUCCCUCCACAGGCUCAACGUGCUCUUCUCUGCGCUGGAUGAUCUCAACGACGUGCUGGUGGCCACCUUGGGCAGCUGGAGGGCGCCGUUUCUGGUGGUCUUCGGUGCCGAGAGCGUGGGCAAGUCCUCGCUGCUGCAGCGCCUGAGCCUUCUGCCCUUCUUCCCCACGGACCGCAGCCGCUGCACGAGAAUGCCCGUGCGCCUGGAGAUCCGACGAACAGCAACGCCGCACCCGGCCACGCUGCAGGUGUGGAACGUCAGGGAGCGGAAGUGGGAAGGUCCUGCGCGGAGUAUAUCGCUGGAAGUCAGUGAAUCUCAAAUCCAUACAGAAAUGAACAAGCUCGUGGAGGAGACGGCUCAGGGUAGCGAGUUCUGCCUUGACAAAGAGAUUCACAUCAAGGCCGGCUCUACCACGUUGCCGCCCAUGAACUUGGUGGACCUGCCGGGCUUGGUCCAGGCUGACGCUGGUCUUGCCGCUCAGACAAAGCAGCUACUGGAGAGGUACACGCAGGAUUCGCAAGACCAAGACAUCUUCCUCGCGGUUGUUCAAGCUUCGGACGCGCCUGCGAAUUGGGCAGUCAUGCAGUUGAUCAAGGACAAGCACCUGGAGGAGCGCACCAUCGGGGUCAUCACCAAGUUCGACAGGCUCGGCGAGGAUGAGCACGAAGAUCUAUUUCCAGUUCUGCGGGGAGAACAAGUGAAGGGUCUCGUGCCGUUGUCGCGUCACGGCUUCGUCGCGGUGGCGAACGUGACCAACAAGAGAGAUGCCGGCGAGAGCUUCACGGAAUGGAUGGCUCGCAAGGUGCAGAUGGAGCAGAACAAGUUUGCCAUCGACUGGGAGAUGAAAACCUUUGUAGAGAAUCAACAAGCCUCCAUCGGUGCUGUCGUGUACAAUAUCAGCCGGGCAUACGGGUGGCAUGUCGCGCACAAUUGGCUGCCUCUAACGGCCAAGCGCUUGCUCGCAGUGUGGACUGGUUGCUGCGAGGAGCUGGUAGAGAUGGGACUUCCUUUCGCCAGCGGGCAGCUGGAAGGAGCCGCCUUGGAGAAGUUCAAGUCUGCCGCCAGCCACGAGCUGAUGCGCCGCUUUAGUUUCGUCUUCCAGCGGACCCGCGAGCUGUUUUGGAGCACGGCCGCAAAGCCCGUCAAGGACUGCUUGCAGCAGCAGCUGAAAGCCGUUGAGGAACAGGAAGUGGAGCUGCUGGACCGCCGGGCACACUCUGGCGUGUUUCAGGCUGAGCCCUCCCCUCUCAAGCGUGAAGUGCAGGAGCUCCCGAUGUUCUUGGAGACGGCCUGCAAGGAGAUCCUGUCGAAGCUGCCGCUGGAGCCCUUCGCCCCGGGUCUCUUGGAGGAGGCCCUGACGGCUCUGGCGCCACGCAAAGAGGACUCCUUUCGGCUGGAGCGCCUGCCGCGCCUCAUUGAGGAGCUCUUGACCAAAACCAGAAGUUUCGGAAGGGAAAUUUCUGACCCCACCCACUUUCCGCGCCCCUUUGUCUCUUUCUCACAGGAGGUGAAGAGGAAGCUUCAGGAGACGCAGCCGCGUCUCGACAUGAAGAUGGCCAGACAGGGCGUGGCCGAAGUCCUGAAAUCCGUUUUCGUGGAGCACAGGCACCUGACGAUGCAAGUGGACCAGAAGGGCAUGGUGAAGGUCUCCUUCGAUUUCGAGACGCUCGCCACGAGGUGCCUUGGUGCUGUCGCUGGCGCUUUCCAAGGCUUCGGCUCCGAGAAGCAGUUCGAGAACGAUGCUUGGAUGCACUGGCAGCUCGCCCCAGGGCUCGUCCGACUCGUCGAGGUGAUCUCUCCCGCCUUGGAAGCAACGAAGUCCGUGCCGGAGGACUGCUUGGACCGGCGUCGACAGGUCUUCGAACACAUGGAGAAGUGCGCGGAAGCGCUGGAGAAGCUGGUGAAGACCAGGACGUCGCUCGCGGAAUCCCUGGAUUCUUCAGACAAGCCCCUAGAGCCAAGGACCAAGGUUUUGCAACACUGGCUGCAGGGAGAGACCGUUCCCGUGGCCUGCGAAGUGAUCUGGGGCGACAGCGCAGAAGAUCAAAGCUUCACAUCGCCGGCAUGCAACUUUGUUGCCUCCGUUCUGAAGGAUGUUCUUCUGCAGCAGCGGCGGCAGGAAGAGGCUGCAAAGCUGGUGGCGAUGGCACCGGUGGAGUUCGAGACGGCAGUCUGCCCUCCCCUGCAGCAUCCGACAUACAGUGCAACCGCUGCCGCGCUGGAUGGAAGGAUCUAUGUCAUCGGGGGUGAGCACACCCAGCGCACUGUGCAGAUCUUCGACAUCUCGCGCAAUGUUUGGAGCCAAGGGCCCGAGCUUAGUUGCCAGAGAGUCUGCGCUGCGGCCGCGGUGAUCGGCAGCCGAAUCUACGUGACGGGAGGGUCGGACCGCAGCGACAACAGCCGCCUCAGCUCCAUGGAGUGCUGGAGCCCUCAGAGCGCUGGGGGUUGGAGCUUGGGCACGGACUCCGGGCAGCGCAGGUGUGAGCACGCAGCGGUGGAGCUCCAGGGCAGGCUCGUGCUGCUGGGAGGCUACGACGGCUCACAGUUACUCGCCCACGUGCAGCGCUUCGACCCCGGCAGUGAGCGCUGGGAGGAGCUGCCGCCCAUGCGCGAGCGGCGAUCAGCCCUGGCGGCCGCGGUGGUUUCAGGGAAGAUCUUCGCGGUGGGCGGCUACGCUGGCAAAGAGCUCUCCAGCGUCGAAGUCUUCGAUCCGGCGAACGGCGGCAGCUGGGGCACAGGCCCGAGCCUCCUGAGCCGACGCAGGGCCUGCCACGCGGCGGCAACGGUUGCGGGGCGCCUGUACGUUUUCGGCAGCAACAUUUCCGCCGCCCAGCGCUCCACGGAGUUCUUCGACGCAAGCGCCGGCUCCUGGGCCGAAGGCCCCGCGCUGAAGCAUCCGAGAUGUCACUCCGCCGCCGCGGUCUGGGACGACACCCUCUACGUGCUGGGUGGUGAGGCCUCCGAAACUCGGAAGUCCGUGGAGGUGCUCCCAAGUGUGGAGAUGCGGAUGAGAAGGGCUUUGGCGGGCCUGAACUGGGUUCCCGCUUGCCCUUAG